AUGCUUUCAAUGUUUCAAAUUUUAGAGUACAAAUAACUUAUAUUUAGAUUUUUUAAUUUUAAUGAAUAAUCUAAAAACUAAAGUAAAAUGAAUAAAUGAAAACUGAGUUUGAUUAAAAACAUAAUUUAUUUCUAUAAAAUUAUAGUUAAGGAAAAAAUUGCUUUCAAGAAAGUAAAAAGGAAUCAAAUAAAAAUUUACAUUGAUAUUUCAAAGCNCAAACCAGAAGAAGAGGCUAAACCAGAAGAGGAAGUUAAACCAGAAGAAGAAGCUAAACCUGAAGAGGAGGCUAAACCUGAAGAAGAAACUAAACCAGAAGAAGAGGCAAAACCAGAAGAAGAAGUUAAACCAGAAGAGGAGACUACACCUGAAGAGGAAGAAACAAAGCCUGAAGAAGAAACUAAACCAGAAGAAGAAACAAAACCUGAAGAAGAGGCUAAGCCUGAAGAAGAAACUAAACCAGAAGAAGAAACAAAACCUGAAGAGGAGGCUAAACCAGAAGAAGAAACUAAACCAGAAGAGGAAGAAACUGAACCUCAAGAAUCUAAACCAGAGGAAGAUGAAACUAAACCUGAAGAAGCAGAAAAGUCAGAAGAAGAAGCUAAGCCUGAAGAAGAACCUUAACAAGAUGAUGAUAAACACGACGAAGAAGUUGAUUAAGAGGAAAAAUAAAGUGAACCUGCUUCUGAAAAUGAGUAAGAGAGUGAGCCACCAUCGGAUGAUGAUAUUGAAAGUGAACCUGGUUCAGAUGAGGAUAAAGAUAAUUAAGACAACAAGGAUGACGAUAAUGUUGAUGAUUAAGAUAAAGAUGAUCUUGCAUAAGAUGAUGCUUCUGAUAAAUCUGAUGAAAAGCCGACUGAUGGUAAACAAUCAGAUGAUAAAAAUGAGAAGGAAGAUGAAGACGAUGACGAUGAUUUUGCUUAAUUAGCUUUAGCUCCAGAAAUUGAGUAAGCAAAACAAUAAGAAAAUGCUAAAGAAGGAGAUAAGAAAAUAUCAGAAUAUGGGUACUAAUUAGGAAUGUGGGUGGCAACCAUAUUCUAUUUGGCUUUAUGA